CUCUGCUUCAAGUAUUCAAGUAAUAAGUGUAGUAACAUCAGAGAAUGUAGAUUAUAUUAUAUAUAUAUUUUACAUUCUCUGGUAACAUGAUCAAUAAUAAUCUGGAUAAUAAUUGGAGCGUGUUAUACGAGUAUACGCCAUAUUUAUGUGAUAGUAAGAUGUUGAAAUUCACAUAUUAAAAGCAUUUAAGUUAAAUCAAGAUAUUAUAUGUUAACUUUCAAAUGCAACCCUGAAUUAAGCAGUACGAAUGAGUUCAGAAAGCGUAAUGAAAAGAAAAUUUUUGUGAUAACGCCAAGUAACGUUAAUUGACUUGCAUUUGAAAUUUAUUUGAAUAGGCUAGUAAAACUCGUUUAUUACAAGUGCAACGUGUAGAAUAUCAACAUCAUAUUGCACUUAAUAGAUAACCCGCUUGAAACAAGUUGGAUUGUGUUAGCGGCAAUAGUGUUAUUUGUUUUGUCGAAGGUUAGUAAGUGCAGUUCUGCUUGUGCAUCUUGCAGUGAGCGAUAGCACAAAUGAUAUUCGGAUUUAAGUAUGACCAAUCCGAAAAUAAAAAAAUCAAAUAAAAAAUCCAGCGAAGCUAUUGUAAAUGUGCAACAUCAACAAAAUAAUGAUGAGAAUGGGCUGCUUAAUGUACUUCAUGACUCUGAUGAUGGUGUAGAAUUGAAUUUAGAUGAUUACUCUUUUGGGGCUUCGUCUAAUUCGGAGGGCUUAGGAGAAGAGGAAGAUGAAGCUAAUUCAUGCUCAUCAUUCAGCUUACAGGAAUGCAUAAAUGAGUUUCGUGCUCGGCGUAUACGGCGCUUGUCCACACAUAGCCGUGAAGUAACUCAAGUGGACGAAUUAGCGAGUGGAUUUGUAACAGAAAAAGCUGAAGCGAAAACUUUCUCUGAUCCAGUCGAAGCUGAUUUAAUAAAUCAAAACAUUUCUAACAAAGAACAUGAGCGCAAGUGUAAGCCAUGCCGUGAUGGUUUCUGUUAUUGUUUUACCAGCGAUAGCGGCGAGGGGGGUGGAAUGUGCAAUGCUGCAACAGCGAGCACACGUGCCGGACACGUGCGACAUGUAAGACGGCACAGACGUUCAGAUUGUCAAGAGCCCGGUACACUAAUGUCACGGUCGUACGCCAAUCCAGUGGACAAUAGAUAUGAUGGUCCAGUUAGCUUCAAGAUUCCAAUUGAUAAAGAGGCGCAAGCCUUGCCACAAAAAGAGCAUAAGCAGGAAAAAUCAAAACAAAACUUCACUACAGAGGCUAAUUCUAAUGCAAAUGAACUUACAGCGAUUAGUCGUUUAGAGACAAGUGCUCCAGAUGCACCAUUAAUACAUAUCAUCCAAGAGUUGCACAACAACUGUGUUAUAUCUGAGGUUCGUGUUAACAAACACAAACUGCAAGCUAGUCGACAACAAAGUCAGAGUUUAAAUACUCCCCAAAUAACCAAAUCGUCGUCAGAGAAAGUUACACGCACACAAAUGACUCGAAAUAUGUGUGAGCCUACUGCACCACCUAUAGAUAGUUGGACUGCCGCCAAUAAACCAGUUAAAAUGAAAAGAGAAACGUUUGCUGGUCCAGUUCUAGAUAAAAUAAGUGAAUUUGAUUCAAUCUCUGAUGCAUUUGAAUAUUCAACACCACUUACAAGCAGUUCAAAACAUACGGAUAGUGGACGGCGUAGACACAAAAGCGGAGGACGUUUGCUGCAAAAGCGUUUAAGCCUAUCAUCCGUGCAUUAUAGGCCACGUCGGUCACUACAGGCACCACCCAAACCGCCCCGAACUUACUUCUGUUUAGAGGAAAAGUCAACUGUGUCUUCCCUAUCCUCCACUUCGCCCUCGUUACGUGAAGCUGAGCGCAUACUAGAUGAGUUCUUGAUCAGAAAGGGUGCAAUGGUAAGAGAUGCUGAAAGACAAGUUGAAAACCGCAAUGUAAAAGUAGACAAAGCCUCUCAGGUGGAAAUGGAGAAGGUGUUGUAUGCGUCAGAUAGGAGACGAGAGCACCGAAAAUCUUGCCCAACGAGCUUGGCUAAAGCAACGUCGCGGCGAUUGCCUAUCUUACCAUCUUGUCCCUCUCUCAGCGAUCUCGAAAGGUCGGCUAUGGAUUCCACUAAGAAAUAUACUAAUUAUGAGAAAAAUAUAAAGCAAAUCGCUGAAAAACCCGUAAAAGAACUUAGCUUCGGUUGGAAAGAACCGAAGAUCACUGAAAUGCUCAAUUGUGACACUACUGCUAAGAAGCGACAAUUUAGAUCCCAAGCAGUACAGGCUGAACCACAACAAACGAUUGGUUGGCAAGUACCACCAAAGGUGGAUCUCGACACUGUUGAUGGCGUAUGCUCAAAUUUGGCUGCGAAUAUUGCCACUAAAGACACACCUGUCAAAUCACCACCCAUUUCCACGCCAAACAGGGCACGCGAAUCUCAAAAGUUUGUUUGGCGCGAACAAUGGCGUAAUCUUUCACCAUGGUGUAAUAAACAAUCCAAAGGUGGUGAUCGCACCUUAAAAAGUAACUUGAAGUCAUCAUCACGCGGUCUUUUGAAUAGUUCGAAGAAGAAAAUUCUACGUUUGGUUACGCCCAAACGUGAUAAUUUACAGCCGCGUAGGAACUAUUCAUCUCACAGUGUUGGCAUUCAAACGUCUGCAGACGAGCUGCAGCCCUAUGAACCCAGCGUUACGCCACAAUCGCCACCAGGCAGCUAUCAUUCUGCUGUUCAAACUUCAACGCAGACUACAACCCCUACCUGCUCACAGAAUACCAAUGACACCGAACCACAGAGUUUCGAUUUCUCUCGUACAGUUCGAGCGCCGCCUAAAAAAGCUCCACGAGCUGUUACACAACGUAAAUUGAAUUUCCCACUUGGUGGUUGUGCCGAAGGAAACUGCACUUCUUGUGACGGUGGCACCCUUAGUACAUCUAUGAAAACGAAAACUUAUCGUUCGUAUCACGGCGAUUUGGAUCAGGACGUGACGCUUUCCAAGUUGGGUUAUAUACUUGGGAAUAUACGUGCAAAGUUGGAGGCAAGUGAUGAACAUGCGGUGCGAACAUUUGAGGAAAUUGGAAGGCGUGAACAACGCGCUGUUGGGUUCGACUGCACGGAUGGGCACCAUCGUCGCUCGGAAGCGAGUUCAACGGUAAGACAGCGUCAAGAGAAAAGAAACAUUUACCAGCAGGAGCCAAUUUAUUCGGAAAUUGAAGAAGACAGCAUACACAUAACAGGCACACCGCAAUAUGACAAUACGACUAGUGCCAAGGAAUUGCCAGUUAAACCGGAUAUAGACGUACUAUAUGCCAGAGUUAACAAGGCUAACAAAAAGCCGAAACCUCAGUCCCCGCAAACAAAACCUAUUGCUUUGGGAAAGCUAUUACAUGAUUCUCUGCGCAAUUUAAACACUACUUCGCGGGCCAAUCAAUUGCCAACGCUACAGGAACUGUCAGCCAGCGACACUUCGUACAUGUCGCCACCACAGCCACAUGUCAGCGCUUCAGACACUUCGAUGACGCUAUCGCAUUGUCAGUCGCUCAAUAAUGUGCGCAUGCAGGAGCAUCAUUCACCACCAAAACGAGAUCGCAAUUUGAGUAAAUCGGAUCUGUCAGUGCACCGUAGUGAAAUAUUUUUAGACAAUCUUUGUCGGAGUGAACUGAUAGCGGAUCACGGAAACGGAGAGCCUACUGAAAAGAUGAAUAAUCAUGUUCUAAACAAAUCUGCCAGUUCUUUGCGUUCUGAUUCCAUGAGCCACAUAAAUACUUAUCGCCAUUUCUCAACUUCUACACCAACUCCAAAUGAUUCCAUCUCCUACGACACGCCAAAUGAUGCAGAUUUUGAUAACAUUUCUCAGGCUGCUGUUAGUCAAUUAGAUUUAAGUUUGGCUAGCGAUUCGAUGACUUCGGGUGCACAAAACACACUUAACAAGCAAUUUGCUCCCAAAUUUACGACUAAGUCACAUUUAAGCACACAGCGCUCGUCCAGCCGCAACCCUUCCAGCGACAUAGCCUUUACAUCGCCUUCAACGUGCCAGCAGCAAAGCAGUAGCUGCCCUGCAACACCAAGGAAAGCGCAAUUAGACUUGUCGGAACAACUAGCACACACCUCUAGCCUCAAAGAAAUCCAUCAAAUAACGGAAGAAGAUCAACUAAAUGUUGCAGGAGAACAACGAAAGCAUUCCACACCAAACACCAGCACUUAUGGUGACAUACCGCCAUCAACCACCCACGCGCAAAGCUGCAUCGAAACAGCUUCCAGUAGUAAUAACUUUGCACGUUAUCAACGUUUAAAGAACGCCUUGCGAAAAUCAUUUAAACGCAGCACAAAAUUUGUUAAAAAUGAGACACGACGUCUGUCCAGUUCCUUCAGUUUUCCCACGGCAAAUAUUGCUUUAUCGAAAAGCGUAAAUGCGCACAACCAAACCGAUCCACAGCUACAGAGCAGAUCUUCCACUUACGAUCUAGACACCUUGUUCUCAUUGGAUGAGCAAGCGCCAGUGGUGGAGCAAUUAGCGCAAGCCGUAACGAUAUGCCGUCAACUGCCGGAAGUGGAGAUAUCACCCGAAAUGGUUGAAGCUGAACGUUUGUUACUUUUCUCACGCCUCCGGCGCGAUGUGUGGCCACAGCGACCGCUGGCAGCGACAACGCCAGCAGCGAAGCGUGCGGCAGAACAACACACGCAUCGCUUUUACAUAGACGACAUGCGUUUGCCGGUCAAAGUGGAUGUCAAUCAGGAUUUCUUCUUCAAUUAUUUCUAUAUAGUGACUUUUGAUUGUGGCGGUGUUAUAAAAUCCACACAAUCCGCAGAGUGUCACAAUGGCCAGGCGAUAUUUAGUGAAUGUGGCAUUGAAUUUGCUAGUGGUCUGUCGGAAGAGGAUGCAGUGGUGCGCUGCAACGUUUUUAUGCUGCGUUUGCGCAAAGUGUCAACAUUGUCGCUGGAACCGAAGCGCGCCGUAGUGAAACUCCCCACCGCACGCACACCCGGCACAGCGUCCUCCUCUUCGUCUGCAGAUGAAAUCGUGUCGCGUUUUCGUUUGCACGCCAGUUUCACUUUGAACGCUCGCAAUUUUGUGCCUUACGAAUAUGUGGUAUGUGAAACGGAGAACACAAAUAAACUUUGUUUGCGCGCCAGCACUCAAAACUGCCUGUUACCGUUGACACCGCGCACCAAAUCUACAAAUCUCUGCGCGAAAAUUCAAUUAUGCGGCCGCGCUGAGAUACGUUUCCCCAAACACACCUACAGCGGUUUCUUAAACGUGCAAGACCCACAUACACUGCAUAAUUGGAAUCGCCGUUGGUGCAACUUAGACGGCUUACACUUACGCGUGUGGACGGAUGAAAAUCAAAUGGAUGACAAACUGCUUCUUACGCUGGAUAUGCGUUCAAAUGUGCAGACCAUGCCACUGCAGGCGGCAUCGCGUGAGCUUUGUGCACGCGCACGCGCAUUCUGUUUGCAGUGCGCGCUGCAAAAAGCCGGUGAAGCAGUCGAUACUGCUACAGUCUUUUUCGCCGCGGAUACGCAAGACGUGCUGGACGUGUGGUUGGCGCAGUUAAACGAAGUGCUGGCAUUUGUGCAUAAGUGGCUACAUGUGGUUGAAAAAGUUAACGAUUGAAGUGGGUCGUCUUACAUUUUGCAUCAAUUAUAUUUGUUAGUUGAUCCUUUUGCUAGAACUGCGAAUUAAUCAUUUAUUGUGGUUUUUAGCGUAGGCUUAUAAAAUUUUAGUAGCUAUAUGUAUUUCUAAGCAUAUUGAAGCCUGCUACAUGAAAAUAUAGAUUUCUAUAUAUGUA